AUGCAAAUCAUUUGCCAUCAAAACCAUCUACUCCUGAUCCUGGGCGUAUGCUUUCUGUUUCUGCUGCAAGGAACCUCAGCCGGAAAGAUCAAAUUGCUGGCUUUUAAAGGACCCCAUGCCGGCUUUGUGGGGCUCAAGGUGCGCACUCCUAAAUUACUGGGCCUGAAGCAUGCUCUGAGCGGAGGUGGACUGGGAUUCGGCGGUGGUGUUGGUGCUAGCAUUGGCGCUGGAAUCGGAGCAGGAUAUGGCGGCGGCGGCUAUGGCGGCGGGUAUGGCGGCGGGUACGGCGGCGGCGGGUAUGGCAGCAACAGUGGCUAUGAGCACCACGAAUUUCACGAAAGUCAUCACGAAAGUCAUCAUAGCAGCGGAGGGAGCUAUGGAGGCGGUGGCUUCGGAGGUGGCCUCUGGGGCAAAUGA